UCUCUCUUUCUCUGCCACAAUGGGCAAACAUAACAAAACGUUCUUUUUUUUCCUCGCCUUGUUUCUGAACCACUUCACCUACACCGUAGCUGGUAACUCGCCAUCUCUUUACACACCAGUCGAUAAUAUUAUGAUUAGCUGAGGCUCCCCCGGCAGCGCAACUGCAUUAGAUGGUCGGACCUGGAUUGGUGACGUGAAUUCUAAAUUCUUCCUUCAAGAACAAUCACAAAACCAGGUAUCUCAAGCCACAACCUCAGUUGAACAAUCCCCCUCUGCUUCCCAACUACCCUAUACCACUGCCCGCUUGUCUUUCUCCCCUUUCACCUACAUAUUCCCACUCACUACCGGUCAAAAAUUCGUUCGACUACACUUCUACCCAGCUUCUUACGGCAAUUUCGAUCGCUCUAAAGCCCUCUUCUCUAUCAAAGCUGGACCUUUUACUCUUCUUAACAGCUUUAACGCUUCACUUACGGCAGACGCCGACGGUGAUCCUGGUGAUACCAUAUAUAAAGAGUUCUGUGUCAACAUCAAUGAAGAUGAGAGGCUGAACAUAACCUUCACUCCAAGCAAUUCCAAUUCAUUUGCUUUUAUCAACGGAAUUGAAAUCUUGUCCAUGCCUUCUUAUCUCUAUUAUACUCAGUCUGAUGAUCAAUCGUUCCCUUUUAUCGGCCAGCAGAUGCAGUACAGCAUCGGUAACGAAACUGCUCUCGAGAUGUUAUACAGAAUAAAUGUUGGAGGGCCCUACAUCUCAUCCACUGAAGACACCGGAAUGUUCCGGAGCUGGAGUCCAGAUGUAGAGUACUUGACAGAAGAUUUAACAUCCGUUCAACAUGUUAACACAACCAUUAAGCUUCAGUUCACCAGAAUUCAACCUUACACUGCACCUGAAGAUAUAUAUCGAACUGUCCGGACUAUGGGGGCUUACAAAGCAGUCAAUAAGCUAUACAAUCUCACUUGGGAAUUUACCGUAGAUUCUCAGUUUGUUUACUUUGUUAGGCUACACUUCUGCGAGUUUCAACCAGAGAUUUUGGAUCGAGCGUUUCAUAUUUUCAUAGCAAAUCAAACGGCUGAGGAAUUAGCCGACGUUAUGGCAUGGAGUGGUCGAAGAAAAGGUGUUCCUGUAUUUAAGGAUUACGCAGUGUCGUUGCUUGGCCCAGGAAGCGAGAAGAAAAUGAACCUUUCUAUCGCCCUACAAGCAAGCGCCAAUAUAUCUGUCACUAAUAUCGCAGAUGCAAUCUUGAACGGUAUCGAAAUCUUCAAAGUAAGCGACCCCUCCAACAAUCUUGCCGGACCUAACCCCGACCCUCUUCCGUUGACCCCUCCAACGGCUGUGCUGUGGAGAAAUUCAACAGAGUCAAAGAAUAACAAAACAACAAUAAUUGUACUCGCUAGUGGCGGAGUUUCCGGCUUCACCGUAUUGUCAGUUCUCGGAUUCUUGACUUUUCAACUAGCCAAGAGAGCCAAAGACUCUGACAUAGCAAAGGGCCACGAGUCAACUACUCUACCAUCUAGUUUGUGUCAUUUCUUCUCACUUUUUGAGAUUAAAGAAGCUACCAACAAUUUUGACAAAGUUUUCAUUAUUGGUGCUGGUGGUUUCGGUAACGUUUAUAAAGGAUACAUUAACGGUGGGGCCACCCCUGUUGCGAUCAAACGGUUAAAGCCUGGUUCUCAACAAGGAGCGCAAGAGUUCAAGACAGAGAUCGAGAUGCUGUCUCAGCUACGCCACCUCCAUCUUGUUUCCCUAAUCGGAUUUUGUAAAGAUAAUAAUGAGAUGAUACUCGUGUAUGAUUAUAUGGCUCAUGGGACCCUCCGUGAUCAUAUCUACAACACGAAUAAUCCGCUACUUUCUUGGAAGCAACGACUCAAGAUCUGUAUUGGUGCAGCACAUGGGCUAAACUAUCUUCAUACAGGUGCAACGCGCACUGUUAUUCAUCGUGAUAUGAAGACCACAAAUAUCUUAUUAGACGAGCAAUGGUUGGCCAAGGUGUCUGAUUUCGGGUUGUCAAAAUUUGGACCCAUUAUGUCUAAGUCUCAUGUCAGCACAGUGGUUAAGGGUACAUUCGGAUAUUUGGACCCUGAAUAUUAUCGAUAUCAACAACUAACUGUGAAGUCUGAUGUAUACUCCUUUGGUGUGGUGUUGUGUGAAGUGUUGUGUGGAAAGCCAGCAAUCUUCCGUGCGAUUGAGGAGGAGCCAAUAAGCCUAGCAGCGUGGGUCCUGCAGUACUAUCACAAUGGAAAGCUUGAUGAAGUUGUUGAUCCAUUUUUGAAGGGGGAAAUUACGCCAAGAUGUUUGAAGAAAUUUGGUGAGAUUGCUGUGAAUUGUUUGCUUGACAAUGGAACCAAACGACCAUCAAUGAAUGACGUGGUAGGGGGUCUUGUGUUUGCAUUAGAGUUGCAAGAGAGUGAAGAAAACGAUGACAUGCUUGAUGUGGCUGAAACUGACAUGAAGGAUGAUGAUGAGCUUCCUCUCUUCCCUACAUCCGAUGUUAAUGAAAGUGAUGAUAGGAUUUUUAAUUGCAGUGGAAAACUAUCAAGAACAAAUAGCAACAGCCAAGUAACUGUUGUAAGCCAGGGAAGUUUUGCUAGUAAGGAUUCAGAUGGAUUGAUGUCCUCUAGGGUAGUGUUCUCUGAGACUACGAAUCCUAGUGGUCAAUAAAAACAAGAAC